AUGAUUAACGAAGAUAAUCUUUCGACUGAAUUCAGUCCAAAAAAUGAAACUAUUGAUAAAGAUCAACGUCGAUUAUCAUUACUUAAUGAUCCUAAUUAUGGUAUAGUUCUUUGUUUUCUUGAAAAAUUUCGAUCUAUAAUCGAUUUACCAAAUUAUUCAUUACAACGUUUUGAAGAUCAUCUUAUUAAUUAUCAAGAACGAAAUUUAGUUCCACCACGUCUUAUUGAUUUUCAUUUUAUUCUUCUUAAACGAUUAUCAUUAGCUAAAAAUACUCAACGAGAAAAAUUUGAGUCUAUUAUUACGAAAUUUGCUUCUCGAUUUGAUUUAAAUGAUAGUGAUCAUUUAUCAACAACAGGCUAUUUACAAGCUGAAAUUAAUGUUAAAAUUCGAAUUUUAAAAAAUUUACUUGAAAGUCAAUUUGAUUUAAAUCAAACAUUUAAAAAUACACUUGUUGAUAAAACAGCAAGAGAAAUUAAAUCAACACCGUUAGGUCGUGAUCGUUUUGGAGUUUCCUAUUGGCUUUUUAUGGAUACUGAUUGUUUUAUACGUCUAUUUCGUGAAGAUGUUGAUAUUGAUCGAACAUGGAGUAAUGUUGCUAAAGAUCGAAAUGAAUUCGAAAAUUUUAUUAAAUUAUUAAUUACAGAUUCUGUUGUUCGAAAAAAAUUUUCCGACUGGACAAUUGAUUAUGAGCCAUUUUCUUCUUUGCCACUUUCCGACGAAUUUGAAAAAUGUUAUUUACCUCCUGUAAUAGAUAUGAAAGAAGACGAAGAUAUUGAACCAAUAUUGAAUGAUGAUGAAAAACUUGAUGAAUCAAUAAAGAAAAAACGUGGACGACCGAAAGGUACAUUAAAAUCAAUAAAAAAUCAAAAACCUCAAUUUGAAAUGGAAAUAAAACAUGAGGACGACGACGACGACGAAGAAGAGGAAACCGAACCAAUAACGACCGAUGAUGAAAAACCUGAUAUUCCAAUAAAACGAAAACGUGGACGACCAAAAGGUUCAGUAGCAUCAUUAAAAAAAGAAAUAAAACAAGAAGAAGAAGAAGAAGAGAAAAUCGAACCAAUGUCACAUAAUGAUGAAAAACUUAAUGAAUCAAUAAAAAAGAAACGUGGACGACCAAAAGGUUCAAUAAAAUCAUUAACCAAAGAAAAAAAUCAAGUAGAUGUUAAAAUAAAAGAAGAAAAACACGAAAUUGAAUCAAUAUUAAAUCAUAAUGAAACAAAUGAUGUAUUAAUAAAAAGAAAACCUAGACGACCAAAGAGUUUAACAAAGCAAAUUGAUACGAAUAUAAAAGAAGAAAGCAUUGAAUUUACACCAAUUGAAGAUGAAAAACCUGAAGAAUCAAUAAAGAAAAAACGUGGACGACCAAAAGGUUCAAUAAAAUCAUUAAACAAUACAAAAAAUCAAAUCGAAUUGGAAAUAAAAAAUGAACCAAAAGAAGAAAUCAUAACAUCAGCUCGUCGAGGUAGAAAACGUAAAAUUAUUAUGGAAGACAAUAGUAAUGAUGAAAAUUCUAAAAUCGAAGAUAAUGAUAAACAACAUGAAGAAUCAUUUAUUGACGAUACAAAUCUUUCUAUACGUCGAUCAUCACGACCACGAAAAGCACCAACAAUAGAACUGACAUCUAUUAUUUCUUCGAAAACUAUGUCACAGGUGUCCACAAGUAAAAGGAAACGUUCAAUGAAUAGUAAAACAAAACUUUCCAAUGAUUUUUCAACAACAUCAACAACACAUAAUAAAUCUGGUCGUUCUCGUCGUCGACGUAAAACAACAUCUCGACGAAAUAUAAAUAAUGAAUUUCGUUUUUCAAGUUCAAGUUCAGAUGAACAUAUUGAUUAUCUAUCUGAUGAUGAAUAUAAUUCUGAUGAUUAUCUUCCUAAUUCAACUCAAAUUGAACAUGAUGAAAAUUUUUUUGAACUUGAUGAAGAUAAUAAUACAACAGGUGAAGAAUUACGUACAGCAAAAACUGCACAAGCAUCAACAAUAAUAACAACUUGUAAAGUAUGUUUAAAAAGUGAUCGUCCAGAUGUUUUAUUAUUAUGUGAUGAUUGUGAUGAUGCUUAUCAUGUUGAAUGUUUACGUCCAAUACUUUUAUCUGUACCCGAUGGUGAUUGGUAUUGUCCAUUAUGUGAACAUAAAAAAUUAUCAAAUCAUUUAAUUGAAAAAUUAAAAGAAUUAUUAAUUAAUUUUAAUAUAAUUGAAACAAAACGUUUAGAAUAUAAUAGAAAAAAAACUAUUGAAAGAAAAAUUAAAAUAAAAGAAUAUACAAGUGAUGAAAGUAUAACUGCAUCAGAAUCUGAACAUGAAAAUCUCGAAAAUAAUCUUCAUGUUGAUGAAUCAAUGUUAUCAAUAAGUCAAACAAAUGAAAAUAGUAAUAUAUCAUUAUCAUAUAUUGAUGAUUCAAAUAAAAAUAUAAGUCAACGUGGUCGACAUCGACGUACACGUUUUGAUAUGAAUAAAAUGCUUAAUGAUAAUGAUAAUGAUGAUGAUGAUGAAUCUGAUGUUAAUAAUAAUUCGAAUAUUGAUGAUGAUGAUGAUGAUGAUGAUGAUGAUGACGAUGAUGAUGAUGAUGAAUAUAUUGAAAAUACAACACAAAUAACUAAUUUUGAUUUACAAAUACCAAAAAAAAUGACACGUUUACUUAAUCCACGUUAUCGUCCAGUAAUAAGAAAUGAUCAACGAUUUAAACCAAGACCUAUUGCACCACGUUUAUAUCAUACGUCAACUAAUAUCAAUGAUAAACAUAAUUCAUCAAUAAUUUAUAGUAAUGGUCAUAUAAAUUCUCAUGAAAUGAAACCUAUGAUAACAAAUUCAAAUCAAACAUUAAAAAUUGUACGUCGAUGGAAUGAUGUACAACGACGUAAUAAACUUCGUAUAACUAAUAAUAUUAAAUCAAUUAAUGAUACAACAUCAGAUUGUGCUGAUGAAAAUUCUGUAUUUUGUCCUGAUGAUACAUCACCACCACGUUCCAAUGAAAGUCAUACAAAUACUGAUAAUAAAGAAGAAGAUUAUACAAUAAUUCGAUCAAAAAUAACAUUAGUACAACCAGCUAAUUUAUUACCAAUAUAUAAAAGUUCAACAAAAAAUAUUGUUUCUAAAAAUGAAGUUAAUUUUGAUCGACUCACUCGUGAUAUUCAAUAUGCAGUGAGUGAAGCAAAUACUUUAUCAACAGUACCUAAAGCUAUAGAUCAACAACAUGUUAAACGAAUUCAAAAAACAAAUUUUUCGCCAUAUUUAACUAAAGUUUCACUUCGUCCACUUCCACUACUUUUACCAAAACCGGCUGGUAUUGGUUAUAAAAUUUUUAAAUCUAAAGAUCCACCUACUGCUACAUUAACGACUGCUGAUCUUUCGAAUAUUAUUCUUACACCUUCAUCAUCAUCUUCUUUGCUUGAUGCAAAUGAUGAACAAUCGACAUCAACAAUGAAUACUUAA